AUGGGGCACUGGGCGCUGCUGCCUGGCUGGGUUUCUGCUACACUGAUGCUGGCGCUGGCCGCUCUGCCUGCAGCGCUGGCCGCCAACAGCAGUGGUCGAUGGUGGGGCAUCGUGAACGUAGCCUCCUCCACAAACCUGCUGACCGACUCCAAGAGUCUGCAACUGGUGCUCGAGCCUAGUCUGCAGCUGCUGAGCCGCAAACAGCGGAGGCUGAUCCGCCAGAACCCGGGGAUCCUGCAUAGCGUGAGCGGAGGGCUGCAGAGCGCUGUUCGAGAAUGCAAGUGGCAGUUUCGCAACCGCCGCUGGAACUGCCCCACCGCUUCGGGGCCCCAUCUCUUCGGCAAGAUCGUCAAUCGAGGCUGUCGAGAAACAGCAUUUAUCUUCGCCAUAACCUCGGCCGGGGUUACCCAUUCGGUGGCGCGCUCCUGUUCUGAGGGCUCCAUCGAGUCCUGCACGUGCGACUAUCGGCGGCGUGGUCCUGGGGGGCCCGAUUGGCAUUGGGGGGGCUGCAGCGACAACAUCGAUUUCGGCCGCCUUUUCGGCAGAGAGUUUGUGGACUCCGGGGAGAAGGGGCGGGACCUGCGCUUCCUCAUGAACCUCCACAACAACGAGGCGGGCCGCACGACCGUGUUCUCCGAGAUGCGCCAGGAGUGCAAGUGCCACGGGAUGUCCGGCUCGUGCACAGUGCGCACGUGCUGGAUGCGGCUGCCCACGCUGCGCGCCGUGGGCGACGUGCUGCGCGACCGCUUCGACGGUGCCUCGCGCGUCCUCUAUGGCAACCGCGGCAGCAACCGCGCCUCGCGGGCGGAACUGCUGCGCCUUGAGCCUGAAGAUCCCGCGCACAAGCCGCCCUCCCCACACGACCUCGUCUACUUCGAGAAAUCGCCCAAUUUCUGCACAUACAGCGGACGCCUGGGUACAGCUGGCACGGCGGGGCGCGCCUGCAACAGCUCGUCUCCCGCUCUGGACGGCUGCGAGCUGCUUUGCUGUGGCCGGGGCCACCGCACGCGUACACAGCGCGUCACCGAGCGCUGCAACUGCACCUUCCACUGGUGCUGCCACGUCAGCUGCCGCAACUGCACGCACACGCGCGUUCUGCACGAGUGUCUGUGAGGUUCAGCGCGCACUCGCCCCCAGCAGCCUUCUCCUCAAGCCCAGCCCCAGAUUCGCUGGCACCUAACACCCCGAUAUGCACCCACCAAGUCCCUCCAGACUGCCACAUUCCCUGCGAUUCUUACUUACCCGAUCAUUUCUCCCACCUCCUCCUACCUGGGGACUCCUGAAACCACUUGCCUGGGGCGGAAUGAACCCUCUUGACUUACUGAUGA